CCACAAGUGAAAACCCGUGAUCCGGGUCCGAGCCUCAUUUCCUUUCAAACUUCUCUAGGGUUUCCAACGCCUCGAAGCUUUACCUCUGCAACUACUUAUUCACCUUCUCCGGCCACUCUCCGGUGGAAACUCCGAUCAGGUCCAUGGUGUGCUACGGUUAUCAACUGUUUUGAUUUGUUGUGAAAUGUAUUGAUUUGGAGAUUGGUGAUACCAUUAUGCGGGUUAUCUUUGAGAGUAUUGGCCAGUUAGAAGUUAGCGUGGCUGAUGAAGUUAACAGGGUUUCUCGAUAUCAACCCAUUGGGCUCCUCAACGCCUACAUGGGCGAGCCUAGUUGCUGGUGUCUUUGUGCUUAUCUCUCUUUCCCUCUCAAUGUACCUUCUAUUUGAGCACCUUUCUUCAUACAAGAAUCCCGAGGAGCAAAAGUUUUUGAUCGGAGUCAUCUUAAUGGUUCCUUGCUAUGCAAUUGAAUCGUUUGUGUCAUUGGUGAAUCCAUCAAUCAGUGUUGAUUGUGCAAUACUACGUGACUGCUAUGAAGCCUUUGCCAUGUAUUGCUUCGGGAGAUACCUUGUUGCUUGCUUGGGUGGGGAAGAGAGGACUAUUGAAUUUAUGGAGAGGCAAGGACGAGCAAGUUCUAAAACUCCCUUAUUAGAGAACAAUUGUGAAAAGGGAACAGUAAAGCAUCCUUUCCCAAUGAAUUAUUUCCUAAAACCAUGGAAACUUGGUCAAUGGUUUUACCAAGUCAUCAAGAUUGGCAUUGUUCAAUAUAUGAUAAUAAAGUCUUUGAGUGCUAUUUUAGCUGUAAUUCUUGAAGCCUUCAGCUUGUAUUGUGAAGGCGACUUUAAAUGGGGAUGUGGGUAUCCUUACAUAGCAGUGGUUCUAAAUUUCAGUCAAUCAUGGGCUCUGUACUGCUUAGUUCAGUUUUAUACUGUUACAAAGGAUGAAUUGGAGCACAUAAAACCAUUGGCUAAGUUUCUAACAUUUAAAUCAAUUGUGUUUUUAACAUGGUGGCAAGGUGUGGCGAUUGCUCUUCUUUAUGACCUUGGUUUAUUUAAGAGUGCUAUUGCUCAAGGCUUACAGUCGAAAUCCAGUGUCCAAGACUUCAUCAUUUGUAUAGAGAUGGGCAUCGCUUCAAUUGUUCACCUGUAUGUAUUCCCUGCCAAGCCUUAUGAGCUAAUGGGAGACCGGUUAUCUGGAAGUGUUUCGGUUCUUGGAGACUAUGCAUCUACCGAUCCUCUGGAUCCUGAUGAGGUUAGGGACAGUGAGCGGCCAACAAAACUACGCCUUCCCCACCCUGACAUUGACAUCAGGAGUGGAAUGACUAUCGGAGAAAGUGUUCGGGAUGUUUUCAUUGGUGGUGGUGGAUAUAUUGUGAAUGAUGUGAAAUUCACUGUAAACCAAGCAGUGGAGCCUGUGGAGAAGGGAAUCACAAAGUUCAAUCAGAAAUUACAUAAAAUCUCUCAGAACAUAAAGAGGCAUGACAAGGAAAAGAGAAAAACAAAGGAUGACAGUUGCAUAACACCCACACGAAGAGUGAUCCGUGGAAUAGAUGAUCCCCUAUUAAAUGGGAGCUUUAGUGAUAGUGGGGUCUCAAGGGGAAAGAAGCAUCGUCGAAAAUCAGGAUAUACCAGUGGAGAAAGUGGGGGAGAAAGCAGCAGUGAUCAAAGUUAUAGUGCAUAUCAGAUCCGCGGUGGCAGAUGGGUUACCAAAGAUUAGAUAAGACAACACACAAUACCCAUGCCAAACUGAAAAGAGGUCAAAAGAAAAGUUUAAGGUAUGCUAAAAAAAAAAAAAAUCAUAUAUCAAUAUUCCCUCACAGUUUCAAGAUUUUCCUCCCAGGCAGAGGCUGGAUAGUGGGUGAUUCACCAGAGCAAUUUUCUGCUUCACAAGAUUUUUUGCUGUCGGGAUCCUUUUUCUUGUCAAGUGGUGAAUUCCUUUGUUCAGAGGGUUGGAAUCAUUUACCAUUACUUUACUGAAUGGGCUUUUGGGUAUGUUGUAUAGAGCAUGUGGAUAGGGUGAAAUUGCCUAAUUGAGAAAAUCUUCACUCUGGUUUUUGAACAGAUGUUACUUGAAUGAAAUGUGUUUGUUGUCUUGCCUUACAA